UGUGACCAUCGGGCCCACGCUGGCGGGCUCCCACCCCACAGGGACUUAUCCCCAGCCGGGUUCAGGGAGCUUGCGGCCACCCAGACCAUCAUGGCCUUCACUCAGGCCUUGGUUGCCGUCCUGGCUUUGCUUGCUGGGACCCUGCCACACAAACACAGUGACAACUCAGCUCCGAAAAAGGCCAAUGGAGACAAGUGUGUCCACCACACCCAGUGCUCCAGUGACUGUUGCCUCAUAGACCUGGAGAGAAGCGGGGCCUUCUGCACCUCCAAGUCCCGAGUAGGCAUGGGGUGCUUGCCACAGACCAAGAGGAGCCUGAACAUCAUGUGUCCCUGUCGAGCUGGCUUGAGUUGUCAUUCUAAGGACCACACAUGUCCCCGCCGGUGUCAAAUGAUAUAGAUGACACAGGCUGCUCAUGGCCCCUGCUGCUGCACCCUCCCCUCCACAGGUGUCAUCCCCAUCCCCAACCCCCACAUCGACUCCUGAGCAUUAAAAUCACUUCCUG